AUGACGUUGUGCCCGCCGCAACAAACGAACAGCCACUGUCAUCACGUUUCACCAGUGAUCUACAGGCACGAAUUUGUACCCGUUGUGACAAAGGAACAGCCGACGUAUCGCUCAGCCGAUAGCGACGGCAAUGUUCUCGUCGUAAGGCCGAAGUUUCCCUGUCCUAGGUGUCCGAGUGUCUUCAGUCACAAGACCAGCCUUUGCUACCAUACGAAAUUUGAAUGCGGCCAGUCGCCGCGAUUUAAUUGCCCUUACUGUGCUUAUCGCACGAAACACGUGUCGAACGUGCGUGCUCACGUGCGUAGGAAACAUCCUGACUGUAGUUUGCCAUUGACCCAUGGAUUGGUGCCAAUGGUGAGAAAGAAACAACCAACGUACCGUCGAAUUCACGACAUCAAGAAAUCGAAGUUUCCCUGUCCUAAGUGUCCAAGUGUCUUUAGUAACAAGAACCAUCUUUAUUAUCAUUUGAAAUUCGUGUGCGGCCAGUCACCGCGAUUUGUAUGUCCUUAUUGUGGCUAUCGCACGAGUUGGGGCUCGAACGUGCGUGCCCAUGUGCACCAUAGUUUGCCAUUGCUCUAUGAAUUGGUGCCCAUCGCGAGAAAGAAACAACCGAUGUACCAUCGAGUCGACGUCGACACCAAUUUACUCGCCACGAAGCCGAAGUUUCCCUGUCCUACGUGUCCAAGUGUCUUCAGUCACAAGAACAAUCUUUAUUAUCAUUCGAAAUUCGAGUGCGGCCAGUUGCCGCGAUUUAAAUGUCCUUACUGCACCUAUCGCACGAAGCACGUGUCGAACGUGCGUGCUCACGUGCGUAGGAAACAUCCUGGCAAUGAUGUAUAUGCUAUCGACGUGUGCAAACUAGACUCGUAA